AUGGUGCUAGACACUAAGAAUAAAUAUCGAUUGCAGGUAACGGCAGGGCCAGAGUAUGAUCCAGCAUGUCAUACCAUUGUUCCUGUGAACCAGCAGGAGACUGUAACUUUUGAGAACGAGCGUGCGGUCGUCAGUCUUUGCUGCUCUGAGAGAUUUAUAGCUAAUGGUAUAUUGUCAUUCAAUUGCGCAGGUUAUCCUGAAGGAACCCCUGACACACACUCAUAUUUUUCUUGUCCCCUUCACAAAAACCACCAAUACUGCGUCAUCUUUUCCUUCAGAUUGAAGAAGACCAUUUCAGGCGAUAGCCUAAUUUUCGGCAAUGAUUUCGACAAUCCAAUCCGAGACCGCUUGCCUCCCGGCCUCAACACUGCUCUACGCAUUGUGAGAUGGAUAAUUGAUCCAGGCGUUUAUGGUGAUGCAUAUGCAGAUAAGCCAUAUCUAUACAGUCCUGCACUUUCCAGCUUAGAUUGUCUACGAAUAUGUGGAAAAACAGGACCGGAAAAUUGGCGAAAUGCGUUGCACAAUGAGGAUAUCGAGGAAGGUGGUGAGGCUGGAGAAGAAGUCUCCGUACGGGGUAUGAAUAUCCCGCCUGAGGCACACCAGCGGAAAAAAUACUUCCUCCAAAGGGAAAAUCGCCAGGGUUUCGAUUUUGAACCUGGCCUCAUAUACAAAGCAAUCUUUGCAAAUGGAACAGAUUACUCUUUGAAGCUUCCAGGAUUCACCAUACCAGUCAUAAAAUAUGUUGAUGACAAAAACCACACCCUGCGAUACGUAUUGAAGGAUAGGCACAGUGGAGGAGUAAUCUUUGUUCUUAUUUUUAGGCUAAUAUUUCAAGGGCAUGAUGAUCUUCAAUGCAACAAUACGACACAAAACGCCAAUGUUGAUUAA